GAAGCUGCUCAGUCUCGGCAGUCUGUGAACCUGACCUGGCCCACCUUGUCUUGGCCAGUGUUUCCCACUCUCUGGGAUUUAGCUCGCCCUUGGGGGUUAAAGGAACGCUUGGACUCCGGUUCUGAAUUAAUGAGAAGCCUCGGCCCAGGAGACUUGGGAAGCAAGCACAGUUUGUAAGUUCUCAGCCAAGGAAGCUGCAGUAUGCAAAGUAGUGAACUGGACCUUUCCUUCUGAUUGGCUGACGGGCCUUGAUGUCACAAUGGGAUGGGUCUAUCCACUCCAAAUGACAGUGCCUCUAGCCCCCAAAUAACUGACGCAGUUGGUUUCUUGGCUUCCUCUCUGUAGGAGGAGAUGAUGGAAGCCCUCUUUCAGGCAGGGUCCAUCCUUAUGAAGGUGAAUACCUUACAGGGCAGGAAGAUGGUGGAGAGUGGGCUCCAGUCCGGGGACCUUUCCCUGUCUCACUCAUGGCCCUCCUGCCUCCCUCUACCAGCCGACUUGGAGAUCCUGCAGCAGAAAGUGGCCGCGGUGCAAAGGGAGCUGGAGGACUUCAAGAAGGAGGCUCUGAAGGCCAUCAGCUACCUGGAGGACGCCUUCUGCGAGAUGAACGGCGUCCUGGCCCAGCAGGAGGAGCAGGCCGCCCGCGUGAAGCAGCGGCUGAGGGAGGAGGAGGACCGGGGCAUCGUUCGCAACAAGGUGCUCACCUUCCUCCUGCCCCGGGAGAAGCAGCUUCGAGAACACUGCCAGCGGCUGGAGAACAUGCUGGCCAGGAGCCACGACCCGCUGCGGGUCACCAGGAAGAGCCAGGACGACUGAAGGGCCCGCGCGCAUGCGCCUGGGCUGGCGGGCAACUGGACGAUUGUUUUUUGUUUUUU